GUGGUGUGAUGGAAGUGGAUAACUUCAUAAGUCAUUAGCGUAGCCUGUUUUUUGUCAUGCAAUGUAGUCGCAUGAUGUCCCAAUGUGUUGCUAAGUAGCUAAUUUAGCGAGCUCGUCUGCCGAGGUGGAGAUUGACUGGCAUGUCUUUCAAAGAGCUAUCAAACAUGUCUACAGCCAAGCACAGGAUGCGCGAUAAGAAGAUGAGGAACCAGCCGAUCAACGUCACCUAUUCCUCCCAGGGCAGCUCACACUGGAGGAACGGAGGGGACACCCCAACAGGUCGAGGCCAUGAUCUGUCUCCACAUCCAUGGGGCCAGGGGUCCUCCCACUCUGGCCAUGCCCAGAGAGGGGGCUGGGUCCGGGGCCACCAGAGAGAAGGACACGGGGGAUACCCGCAGGCUAUGCCCACACACAUCACUGCCUCAGCGUUUGCCAAGGCCCGGGCUGCGGAGGUGAACGCCAUGUUGAUGGCCGUCACCAAGACAACAGGCAGCUCCCAUGUGUUUGGAGCUCUUCCUAAACACAUGAGGAGGAGGGCCAUGAGCCAUAACACCAAGAGACUGCCCUGCAGGCUGAGACACAUGGCCAACAACAUGUUGGAGAAGAGUCAGAAGGCUGGUCAGAAGGUGAAGAAGGAACAGUCCAAGAGUAAGAGCCGUAAAGCCCGGCGUCGCCACGGCAACAUGCUCCUGGAGUUCAACCGCCGCCAGCGGAAGAACCUGUGGCUGGAGACUCACAUCUGGCACGCCAAGCGCUUCCACGUGGUCAAGAGAUGGGGCUACUGUCUGGGAGACAGGCCAACCUACAAGUGUUACAGAGCCUGCUACAGAGCCAUGAGCUCCCACUGUCUCCUACAGGACAUGUCGUACUACUGCUGUGUGGAGUUACAGGGGCCAGGGGAACAGCUGUUAGCUGCUCUGUCUAAGCUGACCAGCAAGGAAACUGGGCCUACGUUUGCAGCAGCCAUGUGUGUUUCAGGCAGGAGACAGGGCAGUGUGGUGGUGUACCGAGCAGGACAGUACCCUCUCCAGCCCCUGGGGCCUGUCACAUUCCUCUGGAGGCCCACAACGCAGGGCCGGGGGGGCCAGGAGGACCAGGGCUCCCAGGGAUCAACACACAGACAGCUGUGGAUCUGGGCUCACCCCACCAUGAAAACGGACCUCCUCCCAGAGCUGCAGGCUGUCUGUCAGUGUUCUGAGGCUGUCCUUCCACCUGCUCCAGUGGACCUCCCUGUCCCACAGCCAGCCCCUACCCCCACCUUGGCCCCCGGUCCUGGGGCUGGUCCUGAGGUGGUGCAGGCCUCUGGUUCUGGUUCUAAGAGGAAGUGGUCGUCCAGGGAGCCUGAGGCUGCUGGACCACCAGCCAAGAAGCUCCUGGGAUACAGUACCAUUUCUGCUACGACACCCGUAACCUGGAGGUCCAGUACCACUGGUAUAGUCAUCAGUGACCUCACCAUGGAGAUGGUGCGGUAUCGUCUGAUUGGACCUCUAUCACAUUCCGUUCUGACUGAAACCCUGGCCCCUGCCACACACUGUGAUGCUCCAGGUAAAUCCAGACCAUCUCCCUUCUGGUGGCCAGAUCACUGCAGAGACGACUGUAACAUGUCUCUUCAUCAACAACAAGCUGGUGUCUUCAACAUGCUCAAAGGUGUGUACUCCACAGCAGAGGUUCCAGCCGGCUCAGUUCUGGGUCUGACGGUGGAUGACCCCAGAUUGACCUUACCAAACAAGAGAAGCAAGGCCGUGUCCGACAUCAGGAAGGCACAAGGAGUGAACGGGAGAGAGUUCCCUGUGGGACCGGGGUCCGCGACAGGCACAGCGAACAAGAUGACAGACCAGGAAGUAAACAGACUGCGUAAUGAUGUUCUGGUCCCAGGCUCCAGACUCCCCACCCCCCUGCAGGGUAGAGUACCCGUCCUACUGGUGCAGCAGUCUGGGAAGAGCCAGGGCACAGAGAUGGGGUCCUGGGGGGCGGGAUGGGACCUGCUGCUACCCAAGGCCUGGGGCAUGGCCUUCUGGGUCCCUCUGGUUUAUAGAGGAGUACGUAUCGGAGGGCUGAGGAUGAGUCUGAAACACGCCCAGAAUAAAGGAGAGCCUCACUUUCCCCACGACUACCCAGACUGCCCUGCAGGAGCACGCUUCCAGGAAGAGCAGGAGGCUGAGCUGCUGGCCAAGUUCAGGAGGCGCCCGCCAGCCAAACGGACCAAUUACAUCAAACAUGGCUGCCUGGCUCCGUUCCGUUGUCCCUGGCAACAGCUGGUCGAGGAGUGGGAGCUGAUCGUGAAGGAGGAAGGAGGAGGAGGAGGAGAGGAGGCGGUCGCAUCAAUGGAACAGGAAGUGAAACCACCACAGAGUAACUUCACAGUCUUGAGGAACAGGAAGUCUCUAAGGCAGCUGUCCGCUUGGUGUCGCCCCACAUCCUCUAAAUAUCAGAGGUCACGUAACCCGGGAUCAACACCACAACUCAACCGUAACGUUGCAGCGUCUCUCCUCUCGGCACACGGUGGCAGCAGCCUGGUGUGGAUCCGUCUCUCCCUCGUCGCCAAGGGCCAACCGGAGCAGCACGCCCUGGUGUGUGUCCCCACCGCAGAGGACCUCCAGCUGGUACGUGAGGAGCCGGGCUGCACAGGGCCCCAGGAGCCUCUACACACUGACCACUUCAAGAGCCGCGUCAAACGGCCACGCAAGAAGGACCACAACAAACCUGGAACCUCCUCCUCUUCCUCCGCCAAGCAGUCUGACCCUGCCUCAGUCCCUGGUGUCAACCCUGGUCCUGAUCCUGGCUCCUCUUCCAGCCUCACCAACCCUGAUCCUAGCUCCUCCUCCAGCCUCACCAACCCCUCUUCCUCCUGUACCUCAUCCCUGACUCUGGGUCUCUGGCCGGAGCCCCUUCCCAGCGUCACCUCCCACUGCUCCAGGGUGACUCUGGGCUGGGUGACCCAGGGGGACUUCUCCCUGUCGGCUGGCUGUGGAGAGGCUCUGGGGCUCCUCAGCCUUACUGGUCUCCUACACACCCUGCUCAGACAGCCUGACGGCCAGAGAGGACUGGUGCUGCUACGGAACCCCGGAUCACUGCAAUACCGUUUCGCUAAGAUCAACAUAGAGGUCUGAGGAGUACUGCAGGUUCAAUCCCACAUCGCAACAGUACCGCUUCCCUAAGAUCAACAUAGAGGUCUGAGGGGUACUGCAGGUUCAAUCCCACAUCGCUAAGAUCAACAUAGAGGUCUGAGGGGUACUGCAGGUUCAAUCCCACAUCGCAACAGUACUGCUUCUCUACGUAAAGCCACAGACUGAGUAAAACACUGUGCCUAGUGUGAGUCCCUUCACCCCAACCCCUGUUAGGGGUACUAGAUAUGAAAUGCCUGGCAUGCACACACAACAUUACACAUAUUGAAUGACACAUUGUUUGAGUGGAAGAACUUUGAAAUUGAUAAUUCCCUGUAAGGUUUUCUGGGAGUUUUUCAUUUGAGUUGAAAUGAGUUUAAAAAAAUUUUUGUUCAAUAUUGUUUUCACCGAAGUUCUGUAGAGAAGAUACCACUCAUUAUGUACUGGUUCUGUAGAGAAGACACCAGUCAUUAUGUACUGGUUCUGUAGAGAAGACACCAGUCAUUCUUAGGUUUGCCUGAUUCCCAUUUUUGUGAAAACAGAUCUGUCUUUGGAUUUGAGAGCUCGAGUUGAAAUGGUUGACAAUAAAAAUCCCUCUACUCCAA